GUGUUUCUGCUUCUCUUCUUCUUCCCCGACAAGCCCCCCCCAAGCUGCUGAUAGUUCCCCUGGAGAAACUCGGCAAAAACUUGAAAUUUCUUCUUCUUCUCUUGUUAAAUAACAAGCAUAGAACCCAGAAAUCCUUCCCCCAUCUACAAAAUUCCGGAUCUACUCUACUCUGCUACUUCCGGCUGCUGCUCUGCUGUAUGGGGGUGCGAAUUGCUCUGGUUUUUUUGAUUUCCAUGAGUUUCCCUGCAGAUCCCGUUGGCCCUUCCCCCAAACUGCAGUCCAAUUUUUGCUGGGGGAAUUCUGGAAGUGAAAUUGAGGACGGGAAAGCCACGGGGAGUGACGAGGUAGAAGGCUAGCCAUUUUUAUUGGAUAUAAGUUUUAGAUUUUAUUCUUGAGAUGUUGUGAUUUGAAUAAGUUCCGAGCCUUGUGCACUUGUGGGACCCGUCUCAUGAGGGCACGGCGUCUGCCACGUUCCCGGAUUCGGGUUCUAGGGCGUGACAAUUAAGACAAUAAUUUGACAUUAAUAUU